UGAGCGGCUGACGCGCCUCGUCAUCGACAGCGAACUGGAGGACCCGGCCAUCAUGCAGGCCGUGCACACCAGGGAUCCCCCGCAGCAGCCUGGAGGGCUCAAUUCCAGCAUCUGGGACAGCUCGGCCAUGCUGCGGCACAUCCGGGGGCCACUCCUCGCUCAGGAGAUGCCCUCGGUGUCCGUGCUGGAUUAUGCCCUGCCCCAGCGGCCUCCGCAGGCUCGGGAUGAGGAGCGGGAUCCCUCGGAGCGGGCGCUGCCCCGGCGCUCCUCCUCCCCCAUCAUCGGGAGCCCCCCUGUCCGGGCCAUUCCCAUCGGGACCCCCCCCAAACAGGCUGCCAUCCCCAACUUCAACCAGCAGAUCCUGUGUCCCAAGCCUGUCCAUAUCCGAGCUACCAUGCAGCAGCGUUAUCCCGCUCCCUAUGGAGAGAGGAUGUCCCCCAACCAGCUCUGCAAUGUUCCGAAUUCCUCCCUCCUGGGCCACCCGUUCCCCCACAGCGUCUCUCCCGUCCUCACACACCUGCAGAGAGCCCAGCUGCUUGGAGGAGCCCAGGCCGGCCGAAUGUCCCCCAGCCAGUUUGCCCGCGUGUCCGGGCUGGUGGGGACCAGCACCGGAGCCUCAACGGCUCCGGGGGGGACCGAGGGGGCCACCGGAGCAGCCAUCAGGAGCAGAUCCGUAAGGAUCCCUACGCCAACCUCAUGCUGCAGCGGGAGAAGGACUGGGUGUCCAAGAUCCAGAUGAUGCAGCUGCAGAGCACUGAUCCCUACCUGGAUGAUUAUUAUUAUCAGAAUUACUUCCAGAAGCUGGAGAAGUUGGCAGCAGCCGAGGAAGUGCAUGGUGACGGCCCCAAGAAGGAGCGCACUAAACUCAUCACCCCUCAGGUGGCCAAGCUGGAGCACACCUACAAGCCAGUGCAGUUUGAGGGCUCGCUGGGAAAGCUCACCGUCUCCAGUGUCAACAACCCUCGGAAGAUGAUCGACGCCGUGGUGACGUCCCGCAGCGAGGAUGAUGAGACAAAGGAGAAGCAGGUUCGGGAUAAGAGGCGACAGACGCUCGUCACCAUUGAGAAGACGUACAGCCUCCUCCUGGACGUGGAGGACUACGAGCGCCGCUACCUCCUGAGCCUGGAAGGGGAGCGGCCAGCCCUGAUGGAGGAGAGGAAGCAGAAGAUCUGUGACAUGUAUGACAAUCUGAGGGGGAAGGCACCAGGGCAGGACAGGCCGAGUGAUGACCACUUCAUGCAGAUCAUGUGCAUCCGGAAAGGAAAGCGCCUGGUGGCCCGGAUCCUGCCCUUCCUGGCUCCAGAGCAAGCGGCCGACGUGCUCAUGGCCACGGCCAGGAACCUGCCCUUCCUCAUCAAGAAGGAUGCUCAGGAUGAGGUGCUUCCCUGCCUCUUGAGGCCCUUUUCCCAUGUCCUCUACCACCUUCCCUUGGGAACAGUCACCAGCCUUGUGCAGCAGCUCACCAACCUACCUCAGAGCGCCGCCGCUCCCACCAACCUGCACCUCACUGCUGUGCUCCAAAACAAGUUUGGUCUGUCCCUGCUGUACCUGGUCCUGAGCCGAGGGGAGGAAUUGCAGAGCUCAGACACAAACACAGAGCUGAUGCAGGACAACCAAUGGACGGAGCUGAUGCUGAUGGCGACCCGGGAGCUGCUGCGGAUCCCUCAGGGAGCCUUGGCAAAGCCCGUGUCGAUCCCCUCCAACCUGAUCUCCCUCUUCUCCCGCUACGUUGACCAGCAGAAGCUGAACCUGCUGGAGACGAAAUUGCACUUAGUGCAGGGGAUCCGGUAGAUCUCCGUGGCUCCUCGCCACCACUGGAAUGUUCCAGAGGAAGGAAGGAAGGAUGGAAGGAAGGAAGGAAGGAAGGAUGGAGGGCACACGGUUCACCCCACACCUCCCCCGACGCUCGGCCUGGCACAUGGGGCGCAUCCGCCCCCCAAUCCCUGGAUCAGCAGGAAGAGGGGGAUGUUUGGCUGCUCCCCCCUUUCCCACAAAGUGCUGCCUUUCCCUGCAGCUCCCAAUUUCCCCACGACUCCCUCUGCACCCCCAGAAACUGCUGCUUCCCCCCAAACACACACACACACCCCUCACACACCCACGCACACUACUGAGGAUCCCGGGGAGCCCCUCGCUCCACAUCCACGGCCAGGGGUUCUCUGCUCAUUCCCUGCUCCUUCUGCAGCCCUUCCCACAAGCACUGAGCUCUGCUUCCUGCCCUUCCCCACACUUCACACACUUGUUUCGCACACUCGCCUCGUCUUCCCAAAAUUCGGCUCCUUCCCUCCCCCCGGGAUCAGCCCAGCAGCUCCGGGGUGGGGGGCACAGCCGGGUCUCUGUCCCCUCCGGAUCAGAUCCGGGUGGCUUCAGCUGUGCUGCUCCUCGGGAAGGUGGUUGUGGUGGUUGGGGGAUAAAUUUAAUUUUUUUUUUUUUUUUUUUUUUUUUUUUAAAAAGAAAAAAAAAAACCAAGAGAUUUGCACAUGUAGGGAUUUUACACCCCAGAAUUCCUCCUGGCAUUAACCAGCCCCUUCCUCUGCUCNCCCCAUCCCU